CACAUGACUCGCGGAUCAUGUGCCUUGAGUCAUUUAGCGCCCUCGGUAACUACGAUUGGCUGCACUGAAACCUAAGCCAUGUACCCUCCUCUUUGCCUUGCACAUUAAAACAGGCUUGUGGAUUGUGUAAAACGAAAGUACUCCGAGCAUAUCUGGGAAGCAAAACAGUCCAGGGCCAGCUGAUUCGAUAUCACAUUGGAGAGCUCCACAAAGAUGCUGACCAAGACCGCGGUCCUGCUGGUGGCCUGUCUGGCCAUCACCGUGAGCUCACUGCCCACACCUCAAGCCGAAGAGGGGAAACACUGGGUGGUCAUUGUGGCUGGCUCCAAUGGCUGGUAUAACUACAGACAUCAGGCUGAUGCGUGCCAUGCCUACCAAAUUGUUCAUAAGAAUGGAAUUCCCGAUGAGCAGAUUGUUGUUAUGAUGUAUGAUGACCUAGCUGACAAUGAAGAUAACCCCACCAAGGGAGUCAUCAUCAACAGGCCGAAUGGGUCUGAUGUCUACAAAGGGGUGGUGAAGGACUAUGUAGCUGACGAAGUGACUCCAGCCAACUUCCUGGCUGUGCUGAAGGGUGACUCUGCAAAUGUGAAAGGAGGAUCUGGGAAAGUUCUGAAGAGUGGGCCAAAUGAUCACGUGUUCGUGUACUUCACCGAUCAUGGUGCACCUGGCAUCCUGGCUUUCCCAGACGAUGAUCUGCAUGUGAAAGACCUGAUGGAUGCCAUCAACUACAUGCACGAAAAUAAGAUGUACAAAAAGAUGGUGUUCUACAUUGAAGCAUGCGAAUCGGGAUCUAUGAUGAAAGACCUGCCCAAAGACAUUGAUGUGUACGCCACCACUGCUGCCAAUGGCCACGAGUCCUCGUACGCCUGUUACUAUGACGAAGCUCGUGACACUUACCUGGGUGACUGGUACAGUGUCAACUGGAUGGAGGAUUCCGAUGUGGAGGACCUGAACAAGGAGACUCUGAUGAAGCAGUUCAAGAUCGUCAAGAGCCACACCAACACCAGCCACGUCCAGCAGUUUGGAGACAAGACACUGGCCCACAUGAAGGUGAUGGAGUUCCAGGGCGCCUCCAAGAGCAACGGUUCCACGGCCAGUCCGCCUGUCUCCGUCUCCCUGCCAGAGGUGCAGGAGCGUGACCUGACCCCCGGCCCCGAUGUCCCUCUGGCCAUCCUCAAGAGGAAGCUCAUGAAGUCCAAUGACAUCGGCGCCGCCCGCGGUUACCUGGCCCAGAUCAGCACUCACCUGAAGACGCGUGAGCUGCUGGGUGAGACCAUGCGUAAGGUGGUGCAGAAGGUGAUGGGCAGCAAUGGCGAUGCUGAGAAGCUGCUGAACCAGAGGAUGGAGCUGACACGGCACGAGUGCUACAAGGCAGCCGUCACACACUACAGGAAUCACUGCUUCAACUGGCACUCUGGCCCAGAGUAUGAGUAUGCACUGAGGCACCUGUAUGCUCUGGUCAACCUGUGUGAAGUCGGCCACCCAGCAGACAGGAUUGCGUCGGUCAUGGACGACGUGUGUUUCUUCAGGAUGUAAUUGGCGAAGGACCAGCUGUCCAUGUCAAGUCGGUCUUUUGGCCUGUUUGUGGCGUGGUGGUUUCUGAACUGGAAAGCCUCCUCUUUUUGCACUAAGAAAUCAACAUCAAACUUUCGGCACACUGCAAUCAAAUUAUUUGGGGGAUCAUGUAGGCGGUUUUAUUUUAAGUUUUUUUAAAAGAUGCUUUCAUGAAUGUUUUUGUUUUCUAUAGGCAAUUGUGCUUACUGUGAGAUUGUGUUGUGGUUGUUUUUUUAACAAGAAACUGAAACUCUGCCAUGUUGAGUUAAACGGUUCAACUCUUGCCUUUUUAAAUUUGUUUUAUUUUGUCACUACUGAAGCCCAGCUGUUUUGACUUCUCAUCUUCAUAGGAACAUAUACCGUAGACGGUUGGCUCUUAAUCAGAGCUGUAGAGGAUGGAUCUUGUAUCUUUUCCCUGGGCCUCUGUCAUAGGACACAUGGGGGUUGUCUCUCCAUGGUUGAACACUGUGGCAAUUCACUAAAACGACUGUAUUCACUUAUGACUUGUCUGCUAGCUGUCUAUCUGAUGAGAGUCUCUCCAGAGGACGGAGGAAGAACGCUACUACUGUCUUGAUGGGAAUAGGCAGAUACAUCAAAGUACACUGGGCCUCCCUCUUCUGAACUGCAAUGUAGGUACUGGGAGUCCUGUGUUCCCCUGGCUUGCAGUGGCCAUGGAAUUGUUUCAGGAUGGUUAUCAGAUGUCAAGAAUGUACUGCCAUUAGAGAGGGCGUAUUGGGGUUUUUAGUUAAUUGAAGGCAAUUUUAGCCUCUGCUUGUUUUUGUUUCUUUUUUUCUUAACAAGAAAACUUGCCAUUGGAAAAUUUGCUGUUUUAGGGGUUGGUGAAGCAAAAAGAAAAAUCAACAUUUGCCAUAGAUUCCACAUCAGUGCAUGAAUAGACAAUGACCAUGUGGAUAGCUUUAAUGUGGCAUUGAGCAGAAUUGUUAGAUUUGUUUUAUUGCCCAACAGUUUGCCCAGCAGUUUUUUGCCCAGUUGCCCAGUUUUCCUUUUUACAUGGCUGUGUGGCAACCCCAGUUUGUGCAACAAACUUCUGUUUUUUUUCUCCUCAAGCAUCAGUACACUGUGGAUAAACCAUAGUUUCCUUGUAUCAGAGGGGAAGUUCAACCUGUGAAUUAUCAAAAUAAAUUGAAACCAAAUU